AUGGUGCAAGACGUACGAAAGAAGUCAGCUGCUAGGUCCAAGCAAACAACACGGCGGUGGCUACGAGAUAGCAAGGCGACUAUCGUUUACAGGAAUGUGAAAGAAGAUCAUGUCCGCCAUUUCCCGGAACUGUUCAAACAGGCUCUUGACCAUUAUAACAAGACUGACCCGGAUGCUUCGUAUGAAUACGCACCAGCGGCAUCUCCAUCUCCAUCUGCUCCAAAAAGGGUGUUCGACGUGAAAUGCAAGUUCAGUCUAAAAGGUCAGAAAGGUAUUGAAGUCAAGAGAGGAAGCAAGCAUGCAUUCAACUUUACAAUCGACGAUAAGCCCUACACAGCAGAAAAUCUUACAAACAACCCACCACACAGACAGAAUUGGCAGUCUAUAGAUGUCUGCCCUGUACCUUCAUCUCCUGAGAUAGGGUCGACAAGCACGGUUGAGCUUGUUGUAGCACAUCUCACUGAGACUGCAUCCCGUUCCGCGAAAUCUUUCCUGAAGGCGAUGCAUGAUCGACCUCUUCUUGUCGAGCCUUCUACUGAACCGGAUGUCGACCAACCCUGCAUAUUCAGCUAUGGGGAAUGCUGGCGCAAAACACUCAAUUGUGUCGACAUCCAUGCAGCUAUCUUAAGAAGUGACAGCAAGGGCACAGUGUACCGUACAGACGACUCGCAUCGCCCAAUCCGGACUGACGUCGAAUUUUUGUGGUCGCUUGCUUUGCUCCAGACUGUAGGGGGCACUAAAGCGUUCACGCAGGUACCUCACUUCGUGGAAAACAUCCCAGUAAAGACCUUGUCCAAGCAUUCGCAAGUGCCUGGACUGCUCAGGAAUGACAUUAACACCGCGCAAGAGGCGGAGGCGAGUGCAAACUUUGGCCCAACUGGUUGUUCAGUCGACUUGCACAUCGACUUCGGCAUGCAUGUAUUAAGCACUGUUUUCGACAGCUGCAUCAAGUUGUGGGCUUUGUAUCCUCCAACUCCUUCGAAUCUCGACUUGUUGUUUGAGGUAAGCGGCCGAGAACAAAAGCUCGAACAACUCCAUGGCAAACUGGAAGGAGGAGUGUUUGCAAUCACGACUGGCGGUACCACGAUUCAUCUGCCUCCUGGUUGGCUUCAUGCGACAUACAACGUCGAAGGUGGGUUCCUGGUCGGUACUGCGUGGGAGAACUAUCAAGAUCUAGCAGUGCUGCUCGACCUGUUCCUUCGCGAGGCAGAUGCACAUCCGGAAGACGCAGAGUACAGCAUGGUGAUCAGGAUAUGCGAAAAGGCCAUCGAACAUAAUGUGCAGCCAAAUGGUCUGCUCCAAACAAUAUGUCCUCUUUGGGAGGCGAUUACCAAAGUCGACUGUACGAGGAAAAAGCAAGACAGAUUCCCCACCUCAGUCUGGCGCAAGUUUGAGCAACAAGCAGGAGGUAAAAAAGCGAAGUGUCCAGGCUGCAACCAAGAUUUUAGCUUGCAUAAGCCUAGCGUCUUGACAGAGAUCUGA